AAAAAACAUGGCGGUGUAGUGUGUGUGCAUGGGGUCCGCUACUCCCCAUCCGUCGUCGAUAAAUGAAAGAUAAUUUCUCCUAUCAAACGACAUAUUUUCGAACAGGUCAAAAUGUUUCGCCGGUCAAGAUUUAGUAUUCGGCCUAAUGUUGUUACGGCAGGGAGAACAGCAGCAGCGUCUCAGGAAGCCCCUUCAACAAAUCAGGAGGCCAGUGAGACCCCCAAAGAUGUCAGUGAGAGCAGCACUACUACUACAACUACUACUGCUGUUGUGACAGAUAACAAGUCUGUUGUGACCCCAUCAGAAAAACCUGCACCCCCAGGGGAUGGUAAUGACCAAAAUGGAGAAGGUACCAGCUCCUCAGCAGCAGUCCAGAGAAGAAAGCGGUUUUCCAUUAAGCCUAAAGUGGCCCCAGGUCGCCCCACCCCCCUUGCUCGAACUCCAAAAUCCCCUUUCAAGGCAGUCUCUGAAACUCCUAUUGAAAUCCCUGCCUCAGACCUUGACAAACCAACUAAGUCCACCCAAUCUGGGACUAUAGCAUCCCCUCAGAGACUCCUGUCCCCAAGGCGACGGAGGCCUUCAGAAGAGAGCAAGCAACCCAAAACGCAACCUAAACCCAUCAUCCCCCCUUCUGACAGUUCAGAACAUUCAGCUGUUCCUAAUAAGGACUUUCUAGAGCAAAUCCAUCUACCGACAGACAGUGGCAAAGAAUUGGAAAGCAAUUCAGGCAGUCAAGUUGAAGAAGUUCCUUCAAGACUACCAAAUAAAGUCCCCCCCUCUCUCCCAGACAAAGAAGCUAUUGCGAUAUCGGAGAAAGCCAAGAAUCUAGUGUCAUCUAAGACUGGCCUCUCACUGUCACAACCAGCGUUCUCCUUGAGUAGACUCCUGAAUGACCCAUCAGACUUACAAAGAAUAGCAAAGGCCCAAAAACUCAGAGAGUUGCUUAAACAGGAGAUGCACAAAGAAAAGAAAAUCAAGAGGGCUAAGGCACGUGUAAAGGAAUAUACCCUAGAUCCUGCCAAAAUGACCAUGAGGGACCUUAUCCGUUAUCUACCGCUGUCUAACCCCAUGACAUCUAGUUUAGAAGACGCAACUCAAGAGAAUGAAACGGUGGUCCCACCUUCUCCAGUAAGAGAAGAUUCCCCAGAAAGAGCACAGGAACCUGUGGUCCUCCCUAAAAUAGCAAGCCCGAGGGAGGAGGCAGACGAAGAGGCAGCUGCAACUGCAGAAGCAGAGGAAGAAGAAGAGCAGGAUGACGCCAUAAUGGUUCCUCAGGUCAAAGUAGCAGAAGAUGGCACACUGAUCAUUGAUGAAGAAAGCUUGACAGUGGAAGUCCAGCGAGCCAAAGGGCCAAACCCAGCACAGGAUCGAGACCCCAUCUUUGAACGUGGCUCCACUACAACUUACUCGAGCUUCAGGAAGGGGACCUAUUCGAAGCCGUGGUCCAGUGAAGAGACAGACAUGUUCUUCUUGGCAAUUAGCAUGGUGGGGACAGACUUUUCCAUGAUUUGUCAACUGUUUCCACUCAGAGCUCGAUCAGAGAUAAAGAACAAAUUUAAAAAAGAAGAGCGAGAGAAUGCCUGGAGAAUUGAUAAAGCUUUCAGAGAGAGGCGGAAACUGGACAUAGAGUAUUUUUCUAAGCUGCUAGAGAAGAUUCUGGAAGUUCAAAAAACCCGGAAAAAACUAAAGUCACUCGCUGUGAAGAAGUCUCCCAAGAAGAAAGAAAAUAAAAAGACAAAAGGCAAAAAAGCUUCAAGGAAGCUGAGUGUUGUGGAGGAGGGAGAUGAGGAAGAGCAGAAUGAAAUUUCUGACUUUGGGGAGGAGGGAGAGAAAGAGAAUGAGGACCUCUGUAAUGAAGGAGGAACCACUGUUGCUAAACCUCAGAAGAAACGUAAAAGAAAGAAUAAACAGGAUGCUUCAACUAAGGAACCAAAUGACAAGAAAAACAAAACGAGUGAAAAUGAACACGAUGAGGCCUACAUACCUGGAGACACUGAGGCAGCACUUCCUGAGGACUGUCCAAAAUUAGACACGUCUGAAAAGAUUGACAAUGUGAGUGAGUCCAAGGACAACACCAUCAAGCCAGCUAAACUCUCUCGAGGCAGGGCACCAAAACCACUACUACCUUUGGGCCGGAAGUGGGGUAAGCAGCCCCCACCACCCUCCACAAAGACCAAUGAUGCGGCAUCAGACAAAGAGGAUGAGAGUGAGAUUGAUGGGGCCUCUAAAGAGCAGGUAAAUGAAGAUCCAUUACCCUUAAAGCAAGCCACUAAGAGGAAGUCAGCCAGUGAUGACAUUUACUCUGGUGAGGAGGAUGUCACCGUUCAACCGCCGAGACCUACCAGGUACGGGAGAGUGCCUAAACCCACCAAGCCCUUGAAUAUCCCUGGGAUAGAGGCUACACACUCGUCUGAAACCACUCCUGCCUCACCAGCUGGGUCCACUGCUCCUGCCAGGCCUAGACCCAAAUGCACAGCUAAGAGGGGAAGCUCAUCAAAGCUACAAUCAGCCCAAGAGUCCAAAAAGCCUAAACUAGUCACCCUAAGGGCUUCUCAGUCAGAAUACAGUGAUGAAGAGGAUGAAAAGCAGAGAGAAGAGGAAGAGGUGGAGGAGGAGCACCCUGCAUGUAGCUCCAGUAAUGACAGCACUGCCCCUGCAUUUGUGCCUGCCAGCCUGCGCUCCCCACAUCCUGUGAUUUCGGAAGUGGAAGAAACAAUGGAGGAGCUUGAUAUCUUGGCCAAUAUGCCUGAUGUGUUGGGCAUCUCCCAAGAUGUACUGUGCCCUGAUGCCUUUUGCGAGCGGGCACAGAAUGAGAUAGGCACAGCUGAAACCUGUGAACAUCAGCUGGAUCUGCUUAUUGAUGUUAUCGACUUCCUUUCUAUAGAAAACACUGAAGUAUCUGAGGACAAGAGCUACAACGAGGCUGCUCAAACCCUGUUGACCAUUGGCAACAUGGCUCACCUCUCUCAGUCAGCACAGAAUCAACUAGCCACUCAAGAUGACAUACAAGGGACAACACCAGUCAGUGUGAAUGAAACCAGCCAACACCUGGAAGAAGAGAUGGCCUGCUGCUCAAAGCCUGCUGCACAGGAGGAAAACAGUGCCACUCUUAUGUCUGGAACUUCUGUUCCUGGAGGCCCAGAAACUGUUACCACUGUGGAGCUAGAAAACUGCACAACAGACACUGAUGCCAUCCCUGUUAUUAAAUCCAGUGAUCAGAGGACAGGUUCUCAUAUGGACCCUACCCCUCAAUUGAACUUAAGUCAAGAGAGCUCAAAGACAAAUUCUCCACAGAUCAGAACAGGAUGCUUAACCAAGGUCAAACCAAAACCUAACCUAGGCCAAUCCUUAAGGACUGUUCAGUCAAAAUCCCAACCAGAGACUUCAGUAGAAAGGACACUUGAAGAGAGCCACACAGUAGCUCCUGACCUUUUUCAAGCCACUGAGAUACUAUCAGCUGCAGAGGAAAUUCCUAAAAUAGCAGACUGUAGUAAAAAUGUGUUAAAUAUUGAAAUUUCUAAUAUUGAAGUCAAACAUAUAGAAAAAACAUUUGGCAGUCAAAAGAGGUCUGUUGGUCAUGUAAAAUCUGGUGCAGCAAAAUCAGAUCAAAGUGCCUCAGAGACCCAUAAUGACGACUUUUCUGAAGUCCAGCUUGAACCCAGUUUGGGACAGACCACCAGAGAAUCCAGGUCAACAUCUGCAUCUACAGAUGAAGUAAUGAUUUCUCAUGUUGGAACAACUGAGAUUAGCUGUAAUAGUCAGGUGACAUCCAACUCAGCUGUCACAUUCAAAGAGUGCAGUGACAAUUCUGCACCGGUAGGAGUGUUACCUGUCAGUCAGAAAGAAGAGAGUGAAGUCCCAUCUACUAGCCAGACAAGGAAGAGUCGAAUCCAGAAAGUCAAACCCAAACUCAACCUAGCGCAGACAUCAAGGACCGUACGCUCUAAACCUCAAACUACAAAAGACAUCGUUAAAGACUCCACUCCAACUCCAAACCUCAAAUUCACUGAAAAAACAAGAGCAGAGGUUGAAGCAGAGCCAUCUUGCGUCACCUCUUCAGAAAAAACAAGUCUAAGUCCCUGUCCUGCUUCAACUUUAACACCGUCGUCGGAUUUAGGGACUACUUUUACACCCACAGAGGAACUGUCUACAACUGAGGAGAAAAAGACAGAUGUUGGAGUUGUUGGUCAGGUAGAAUUGGGCACAACAACAUUAUAUUUGAGUGACUCAGAAAACAAGAACCUCUCGGAAGUCCAGUUUGAACCCAGGAGGGAACAGGCCACCAGAGACACAAUGCUAACAUCUGAGUCCAUAGAUGAAGCACUGAUGUCUCAUGUUGGGACAACUGAAAGUAGUUGUAAUAAUCCGCUGACAUCCGACUCCGCAGUCACAGAAUCCCAGAUUGGACAAGUGUUAAACAUAGUCUCUGCACCAGUCCAAGCAAGCAUUGACUAUCCUGCUUCAUAUGUUACACCUGUAGAAGAUUUACCUGUCAGUCUGAAAGAAGAUAGACAAGUUGCAUCUACUAGCCAGACCAAAAAGAGUCGAUUCCAGAAAGUAAAACCCAAUCUCAACCUAGCACAGACUUCAAGGGCCGUACGUUCUAAACUUCAAAAAACAAAAGGCAUUGGAGAGAAAGACUCCAGCCCAACUCCAAAAAUAAUAGCAAAGUAUGAAGCAGAGCAGACUUGCAUCACCUCUCGUGAAAAACCAAGUCAAAGUCCCUGUACUGCUUCAGAUUUGAAACCAUUGUUGGAUUUAGGGACUACUUUUAUACCCACAGAGGAACUGUCUACAACUGAUGCAAAAAAGAGUGACGCUGGAGUUGUUGGUCAGUUAAAAUCGGGUGCAACAACAUCACAUCAGAGUACCUCAGAAAACCAAAACCUUUCUAAAGCCCAUUUUGAACCCAGUACGGAACAGGCCACUAGAGAUUCAACGCAAACGAUGGAGUCCAAAGAUGAAAAACGUAUGUCUUAUUUUGGGACAACUGAGAGUAGCUGCAAUAAUCUGCUGACAUCUGACUUGGCAGUCACAGAAUCACAAGUUGGACAAGGGUCAAAUAUAGUCUCUGCCCCUGACCAAGAGAGCAACAACCAUGCUGCUCCAUGUGUUACACCUGUAGAAGAGUUACCUGUCAGUCAGAAAGAAAAGAGUAAAGUCGUAUCUACUUGCCAGACUACAAGAGGCCUAUUACAAAAAGUCAAACCAGUCGUAUCACAGACAUCAAGAACUGUGCGGUCAAAGGCUCAAACCACAAAAGACCCUUUCACUCUCUUGCAACUUCCGGAGAUAUGCUCGAGCCCUACUUUAUCAUCUGAAUCAACUGACAAGACAAAAGCAGACGUAGAAGUGCAACCAACUUGCAGUACCACCCCUCCUGAAAAGCCAAGCCAGCUUAAAAAUAGUGUUUCUCUCUUAGUGUCAGUACCAUCAUUGGAAUCAUGUUCUACUCAUAAAAGCACAGAGGAAUUAUGUUCAACUGAGGCGCAAAAGAUAGAUGUUGGAUGCAGACAAGACUCAAAGUCAGAGGGCUUAGAACAAAAUGUUCCUCAAAGAAGGCGACGCUUUCCAAAGGUCAAACACAAACCCAAUUUAGGAUCCUCCUCUCGAGCUACGUUCACAAAACCGCUGUUAAAAGAUGUCAGUAAACCCUCAGAACAGUGCCAUAUGGACACGUCUUUAACCUUUGAACAACAGCCCGAGGACAAUAACAAUGCACAAACAGAACUGGAACUCACAAAGACAGACAGCCCGACAUCAACACAUUGUUCAUUACAUACAGAACCUCUCAGCUCAACAAUGUUGGUACCUGCCAAGUCAGAGAAGUCACUAGACAGCACAAAUUAUAAGGGUACGUCCUCUGAUAGCGUUGUCACAGCAACAUCUUGGAUUGCUGAGAAUCCGUCUGUGUUGACAGACUCAGUUCUGACUCAAAGUAGUGAAAAAGCCACAGUUGAAGGGGAAUCCACAGGGGACAAAACGUCAAAUAAUGACAUGGUGGCCGGACCUGCUUCACAUUGGGACUGCAAACAGGGCAUGUCCAUUAGAGCUACAAAUACCCAACCAAACGAUGAUCCAGCUGCCGUUACAGAUGUCCAUACUUCAGGAGAUGGUUUAACCGAGUCAAAAAUUGAAUUUAAACCCCCGACUAGCACACAGUCCUCAUCAGAUCCAAAAAUAACCACUAAGCAGCCACGUUCAGAGAAUGUCUCUGAGGCUCAAAGUCAAGAUGCAGUCCAACAUUGUUCUGAAACCACUGAAACUAAUCAAACAGCUGCCCAACGGAUUGAUGAUAAUCAGUCAGUGCCAACUGACUGUCACAUAAGAAAAGCUCCCCAGACUUGUAGAGGCCGACUUAUUAAACCAAAACCGAACCUGGGACGCAGCAGCCGACCCCCCCCACAACCUCAACAAAUCCAGAAAACAAAACAAGCAGAAACAGAUUUUGGUGCUUUGGUUUGCCACAAACUUGUGUCUGAACGUCAACCUGACAUCCAGGAACCAGUAGAGAGAGCUAUUGAACAGUGUAGUAACCAAAAUCCCUCUCCAAGUGAUGCUGGGUCUUUGCUGGGCUCGACACAAGUUAUUGAACAACUGAGUCAGCAUGACCCCCCUCCAAAUGUUGCUGAAUCCUCUCUGGGUUGUUUGACACAACUACUAGACAAUUUUACUCCGGAUGCAUCAACAUCAAGUACAGGAGGGACUAAAAGUCAUCCAAGUCUCAACACAGUAUUUCCAGACAUGCUGUUGCAGCAGAAGCCUUUAGAUGCAGAUGAACCAUUCUUCAUCCUCUCUCUGACUGAGAUCCCAGUCGGCUCAUUAGGGGAGGCUGUGGACAGUGUGCCUGAGUCCCUCCCUUAUCUUCCUGUAACAGAUGUAUCAGUAGGGCAACAGAGUGUUUCUGGAGAGAGUUUGGCAGCAGCUGGCAACGGGCUCCUGUCUAAUGUAGCUGUGUUCAUGGAGGAGAGUGGUGAAACAGGCCUCAUCAAAGCAAUAGAUAUUGGGCCUGACCCAGCUGCAAAUAUAGGUUCGAUCAUGGAGAAUCCAGUGGAUCCACAUGAUAAUAUUACAGUCCAUGCAUCUGAAUUACCUGAGACUGUAGAGAAUAAUGAUGGGACUGAAAUGCCCCCCGCAAAGCAGAGACUAAUGGACACUUGUAGAAGAAGAGCCAAACUGCAGGUUAAGCCCAAUACUACCAAGAGGAAACAAGCCAGCAAGACCCUCGCUGCUAAGGAAGCAGAGUUGAUCCCCAUUUACCCAAAACCCACUGGGCACUCAGGGCCUUCUGUGCAGCCAAAAGUCUUCUAUGACGAUGUCACUGAGCCACAGAAAGGAAGUGAUGAUCCUAUGGAUGGUGAAAAAGAGACUCUGAGGGGCGGUGAGGACCCUGAGGAUAGCAGCUCAGGAGCACAAAUCUCAAGGACUAGGCGGUCUAGUAGUCGGAAUAGAAGAGCCGAAGGCUCCCUUUUCCUACCUUCUGAGACUUCCAACGCUGCCCCUGCAAGCGGGGAAACCCUCUCGACAUCUUCUACCACAUCACCAACACAAACAGAGGUGGACGCCGACCAGACUUGUGAACUCAGCCCACUAUGCUCAGACACAACUCCUAACACUUCUCUGUAUCCUGCUGAGGUUUCAGCUUCUCAGCAAAGUGUGGAGAGCAGUUCUAUGGAGGAGGAGCCCACCAGUGUGUCUCAGUACUUCUUAAGUGAUAUUUUUACAGAAGUGACUGCAGAGAAAAAUGAUGAGACUGAAAUUCCCCCUGCAGCGCAGACAGAAAUGGACGCUCAUAGAAGAGAACCAGCCAAACUGCAGGUUAAGCCCAACACUACCAAGAGGAAACAAGCCAUGAAGACCCUCACUGCCAAGGAAGCAGAGUUGAUCCCCAUUCACCCAAAACCCACUGGGCACUCGGGGCUUGCUGGGCUUACUGUGCAGCCAAAAGUCUUUGAUGACAAUGUCACUGAACCACAGAAAGGAAGUGAUGAUCAUAUGGAUGUUGAAAAGGAGACUCUGACGGGUGGUGAGGACCCUGAGGACAGCAGCUCAGGAGCACAAACUACACGGAGUAGUAGUCGGAAUAGAAAAGCCAAAGGCUCUCUUUCCCUACCUUCUAAGACGAACAACGCUGCCCCUGCAAGCGAUUCUCCACCUGGCAAAGAGGCUCCCAAGGGCCGUAAGGUCAAAACUCCACGCGCAGCAGGAAAACCAUCUACCCCAGUAACUGGUGUCUCAACAUCGUAUGAUGUCACUCCCACAUUCAGUCCGACACAGCCGACCCAGGAAGCCCACUUAACUUCUUCUACCACGUCACCAACACAAACAGAGGUGGACAAUGACCAGACUUGUGAGCUCAGCCCACUGUGCUCAGACACAACUCCUAGCACUUCUCUGUAUCCUGCUGAGGUAAGGAAGGUCUCAGCUUCUCAGCAAAGUGUGGAGAGCAGUUCUAUGGAGGAGGAGCCCACCAGUGUGUCUCAGUACUUCUUAAGUGACAUUUUUACAGAAGUAGAAGAGGGUUGAAAGCUCUACAUAGGUCGAGGGAGAGUGUGAACGUGCGAAUGGCUUGCCCAUUUUAAUUCUUUGUUCUGUUAAGUUAUGUCUGUAAAGGUUAAUUUAUAACUAAAAUUAGUUUUUUGUUUGUUUUUUGCCGUCAUUUGUUAUUAAGUGAAGCUAAAUUGAUUAUACUUUUUACAAGCACUUUGAAUUUGUCCAGUAAUUUCAAUUUACUGAAAUGUUUUUUUUUUUUUUUUUAAAGCCAAUAAUUCAAAUAAAUAUUGAGUUGUACACAUCACUAACCAAAACACUGGUAAAUUACAGGUUUGAUUCAACAUUGGAGCAGCAUUUCCUUAAUUAUUUAUUAUUUUUCAAGCCUCAGAUUCCACAAUUUGGUUAUUUAUUAACUGUGACAAUGUAAAUAUUGUACAAUAGCAAAAUAUGUUUUCUUUUCCAUAUCUGAUCUGUUUAAAUACAGACCACAACAUUGGUCUAAAAAAACAUAACUGGAUUUCUUGACAUCAUGUACAGUUUGUUUAAAUGUAUUACCUUUUUAUAAUGCCUCUUCUGUGUAUUUCUGACAAUUUUUAAUCAUCCUUUCUAAUCUGAAACUAAUUUUGGUUGUCUUAUUUAGAAAUCCAAUUGAUCGUAAAAUUGCAUCAUUAUAUUCUGCAAAUUCAACCCAUGCAGAGAAGGGUGGUCAUACUUUAUUUAAGGAAAAUGUUAUACCAGCUAGCAUUUGUUGAGCCAUUUGGUUGUACUGUAUAUAGUUUUGAUUAGUUCAGUAUUCAAUCAGUUACUUGUACAGAUUUGCAGCAUUCAUAUUAAUAUGUUUGAUACUUGGAACAAAAACACGUUAUCUUUUAAAUGUUCAUUAAAAGUAACACAUGUAAUCUGUAAGAUGUGAAUAAAACGUAUUCUUCCAUCA